AUGGCCGGAGGCGGAUCGAUUUGGCGCGGCUUCUUCGCGCCAAAGAAGCUGGCGUUCAACUUCUUCUUCUGGGGAUUCCACUGGGCGAUAUUUGGCAUAGGAUGGUGGAAACAGGCAGCCGAACCUCGACUUGCACCUUUGAACGCCCUUCAGUUCUCCGUGUGGACGUCUCGUGGUGCGGGUUUGGUGUUGUCAGUAGACACCAUGGUCAUCGUCAUGCCCAUGUGCCGAAAUAUACUACGAAUGAUUCGACCUAAGAUUAGAUGGCUACCUCUGGACGAGUCCAUGUGGUUCCACCGACAAGUCGCUUACGCUAUGGUUUUCUUCACCAUCAUUCACACCUCGGCGCAUUAUGUCAACUUCUUCAACGUCGAAAGAACACAAGUUCGUCCGGAGAUUGCUCUCGAGAUUCACUACACCCAGGCCGGCGGUGUCACUGGCCAUCUCAUGUUGCUGAUGAUGCUGCUCAUCUACACCACCGCCCACCACAGGAUUCGACAGCAGUCGUUCGAAACCUUCUGGUAUACCCACCACCUGUUCAUUCCAUUCCUGCUCGGCAUGUAUACGCACGCCACUAGUUGCUUCGUGCGUGAUACCGCUGCUCCCUUUUCGCCAUUCGAUCACGACAACUUCUGGGGCCACUGCCUCGGCUAUGAAGGCUGGCGAUGGGAGCUUGUCGGAGGAGGACUGUACUUGCUCGACCGUCUGUACCGAGAGGUCCGUUGCAGAAGGCAGACCCAGAUCGUCAAGGUCGUCCGCCAUCCCUAUGAUGCUGUUGAGAUCCAAUUUACUAAGCCCAGCAUGAAGUACAAGCCUGGACAGUGGCUCUUCCUCAACUGCCCAGAAGUCAGCUACCACCAGUGGCAUCCUUUCACCAUUACCUCCUGCCCACAGGACCCGUACAUCUCUGUCCACGUGCGCCAGGUUGGUGAUUUCACGCGCUCUCUUGCCGAUGCUCUCGGUGCGGGUAUGUCGCAAUCCAAGCUCUACGACGACCUCGACCCUAUGGGCAUGUACGAGAUCGCUCUGCAACACGGCCAGAAGAUGCCCGCUCUCCGGAUUGAUGGGCCUUACGGAGCACCCGCUGAGGACGUUUUCGAGAAUGAAAUUGCCGUGCUUAUCGGUACCGGUAUUGGUGUCACUCCCUGGGCCUCCAUCCUCAAGUCCAUCUACCACAUGCGCCUCAGCCCCAACCCGCCUAAGCGUCUCCGCCGUGUCGAGUUCAUCUGGGUCUGCAAAGACACAUCCUCAUUCGAAUGGUUCCAGACGCUUCUCUCGUCGCUUGAAGCACAGUCCAUGGGCGGCAACGAGAACGAGCAGUUCCUGCGCAUCCACACAUACCUCACGCAGAAGAUCGACUCCAACACAGCGCAAAACAUUGUGCUCAACUCAGUUGGCACGGACAAGGAUCCCCUCACCGAGCUCAAGUCCCGCACUAACUUUGGACGUCCCGACUUCCAGCGCUUGCUCUGCGGCAUGCGCGAUGGUAUCCUCGAUAGAACGUACAUUGGCGGCCUCGAGAGCACUCUGCGCACCGACGUCGGUGUGUACUUCUGCGGUCCUAACGUGGCAGCACGUGACAUCAAGAGGGCGUGCAAGUCGGCGAAAUGCCAGGAGGUCAACUUCAAGUUCUGGAAGGAGCAUUUCUAG